UUUCUAUUGUAUUCAGUGACCGAUUAACAAUGGUGUCUUAAUUGGAUAUGCGUGUAGCAUUACGAUCCUAUGAUUUAUGGUUAGUUAAGUGAUAUGUAACUGUUGUUGCUGAUGAGGAGUAGAAAUCCCCGGUCUUACGAAGGUAGCCAUCUCGUCAAAAACAAUGUUUCAGGUGUAUGUGAGUGACUGGAAUAUAUCUCAACCGGGCGUGGCCUCACCCAACCGCUUAGAUGACGAAGCUACGGAGGACUGAGAGAAUGGGGCACGGCUCGUCCAAGGAGGAGGGUGUCUGCUCCAUCUCGAUAGAUCAGGACGCCAGCUCAGAGGAAGACGCCGACGAGGAAGAGGACAAGAACUCCGAGGAUAGGUCUGAGAUAGAGGAAAAACCUGAAAAAGAGAAAAAGGGGAAGCUAUCACGGUUUGGGAAAAAGAAAGAUAAGGACAAAGAUAAAAAGGAUAAAAAGAAGGAUAAAAAAGCGCAGAAUGGUCACGUCAAUGGGAGCCUUGCUAGCUUAGGGUCAAACGAGGACGCCGAGUCGUCGCCUUAUAAGGAUAUUGAUGAGGGCGAGGAAGGGGAUAUCGAGGCAAGCACGUUCAGUUUGAACACGAAAGGAAAGAAGAAACCACCGCACAAGAUGUCGAAGAUUUCAAAAUGGAAGAAAAAGGAGCCGAAUGUUAAAGGGGAGGAAGAGGAAGAGGAGGAGGAGGAAGAGGAGGGGGAAGAGGAAGAGGAUCCUAAAGAUAAAAAGGCCAAAGAAAAAGAGAGAAAGGAGAAAGAGAAAAAGGAAAAAGAGAGAGAAAAGAAGGAGAAGAAGGAACGGGAGAAGGAGAAGAAGAUUCGAGAAAAGGAAAGGAAAGAGCGGGAAAAAGAGAAGAAGGCGAAGGAGAAGGAGAAGAAAAAGAAAGGUAAAAAGGAUGAGAGUGAUUCUGAUGAAAGCGAUGAUGAUGAAAAUGAUGGGAAGAAGUGGAGGCCUAAGAGCGCUAAGAAGAAAAAAGAGGAGAAGAAUGCGAAGAAUAAAGGCAAGGAUAAGGAUAACAAGGAUUCGAAGAAGAAGAAGAGCAAGGAUAAGAAGAAGAAGUAUGACUCGGAGAGUGAGGAGGACUCGGGCAGUGAGGACGAAUCAGUGGACUAUGCCACUAAACAAAAUGACGGAAAUUCUGAUGAUGACUUAGCCAGCGAGUCUGAGAUCUUGACGAGUAGGGUUCCCGACCGGAAGCGGUCCAGUCUUCAUGGCGUUGGUGACGUGAUGGAGCGGAUCGUCGAGGACCGGGGAGGUCGUCUGAUCAUUUCCCCAAGUGUCCCCCUAGUAACGGAGGAAGCUGAGCCUCAAGUACAAUUCAAGCGUCCGAAUGGACAUUUGAUAAGCAUUGGACACAGACCGAUGAAAGCGCCUAUGGCCAACGGUGAUUUAGCUCUCAAAGAUUGUGAUGUAGAUGACCUGGAAGAGCUAGAUUUAGAAACUGAUGGAAAGGUUACGAAUGAGGACAGUGACACGGAGUGUAUCCCUGGUGCAAUCGAGAAUGAUCUUGCAGUACCUGCUGUCAAAAUGAGGACAACAGAUAUUUCUGCCAAAAGGUUGUCGCCGAAACCGUCCCCUAUUGCUGAGGAGAGGACACUUCUUCAACCUAAUGUAACUGCUGGUGAUGUGGCGUCUUGGGCCAUCACGGAUAAGGGGGACAGUGCAUCAGAUGUGACCAGUAACAGCAGUAAGCGGUCUAAACCACGAUCUGCAGGGUCAAAACGGUCAACGGGCAAGGAGCAUGAUUCAGAUAGUGAUACAGGCAAAUCCAACGAUCGUAGGAAAAAGGAGAAAAGGAAAUCUAAAGGAAAAGGUAAACACGGCGAUAGUGACUCUGAAAGUGAUGACGAUAAGCACAAAAAGAAGGGCAAGGACAAAAAGGAAUCUAAAGGAAAAGGUAAAUACGAUGACAGUGACUCAGAAAGUGAUGACGCCAAGCACAAAAAGAAGGGAAAGGAUAAGAAGAAAUCGAAGGGCAGAGGUAAACAUGAUGACAGUGACUCAGAAAGUGAUGAUGACAGGCACAAAAAGAAGGGAAAGGAUAAGAAGAAGUCCAAAGGAAAAGGUAAACAUAAUGACAGUGACUCAGAUAGUGAUGACGACAAGCACAAAAAGAAGGGCAAGGAUAAAAAGAAGUCCAAAGGGAAAGGUAAACAUGAUGACAGUGACUCAGAAAGUGAUGACGACAAGCACAAAAAGAAGGGAAAGGAUAAAAAGAAGUCUAAAAGAAAAGGUAAACAUGAUGACAGUGACUCAGAAAGUGAUGAUGACAAGCACAAAAAGAAGGGAAAGGAUAAAAAGAAAGACAAACAUAAAAGCAAAUAUAAAGAUAGUGACUCAGAAAGUGAUGACGUUAGAAAACACAGAAGUAGAAAAGAUCGGCCAAAGAGUUCUAGAAGUAGACGCUCGGAGAGUGAAAGUGAUUCCGGAUAUGAAAAUAAGUCGUCUGGAUCGCGGAAUAAACGUGGACAUGAUGCUAAUCACGAAAACGAGGCUGGUGGGGUUUCAUUCUUUCAAAAAUGGCGCGAGAGACCGCAAACUGCUAGUGGGGAACGAACUCCCACAAAUAGUUGGACUGGAGGGGAUGAAAUCAAAUCGGAUUAUAUGAACGUGAAAGACGAUGUGGAUGGUAGUGGGCUGUUUCUUGUGGGUGAGAAUGGUGGGCGGAAUGGCGUCGUACGGAGACAUGUUGGUGAGGAGGAGGGGCGGAGGGAUCGGGAGAGGCUAAGACCGAAAAGUGCCAAUGAUGCGUUCAUGCGCAAUAGCAGGAGGAGGCUAAAUAGCCAAAGUAGCGACUCGGAGGACGAUCGCAGGAGCAGACGUAAAAGCAAGGCUCGUGAUAGUGAUAGUGACAGUAAAAAGAGUAAAAAGCAUAAAGGCAAAAAGGCAAAAAGUAAAUAUGAUAGUGACAUUGACAGUGAUGUUGAAAAGAAGAAGAAAAAAAGCAGAUGGGGUAAGAAAAAGAAGGAUAGUGAUAGCGAAAGUGACGAUGGUAAAAAAUCGAAAAAGAAAAAGGAUAAAAAAGAUAAAAAGGACAAGAAAGAUAAGAAAGAUAAGAAAGGUAAGAAGAAGGAUUAUAGUGAGAGUGAAAGUGACAAUAGUGACGAUGAGACGGAUUCUGAUGGCGAGUACCAACGAAAGAUUAGGAUAGCACGCAAAAAGAAACACGGGCAAGAAAACGGUGACCUUGAGAAAAGACCAAGGUCAGGUGUCAUGAGGCGACGCCAUAAUGACUCUGAGUCGGAUACUGAUGACGGAAGUGAUCAGGAAUCCCAUAAGAAAGGAAAGCGGAAAUCGAAAAAGAAGGGCAACGAGUCUGAUAGCGAGAAUGAGAAGUCUUCGAAGAAGAAGAAGGAAAAAGAAAAGAAGAAGAAGAAAAAGGAAGAGGUGCCCAUAGAAUACGCGUCCGUCUCGCGAGCGAUGGUGGAUGCAGUCGUCCCUGGUUUCACAGCUCUGUUCGAACACGCGGCCCCCUACUUUGGCGCCUAUCACACCAAACCAGUUACACCACGCACUACGCCAGCGGCCUCAAGAAAGAGCUUGGAGGACGCGUACGAUAGUGACGAGGAAGACGCCGACGACAAGAAAUCCAAGAAGAACAAGAAGAAAGACAAAGAUAAAAAGAAGGAGAAAGACAAGAAAGAGAAGGGCAAGACCGAUAAGAAAGGGAAGAAGGUGGACGCAUUGAGUGUGACCAACAACAUGUCCGUCGCCAGUAGCUUCAUUGCGGUGAAUAUGGAGGUCCCUGACGGCAGACUCACGGUCAGGAGGCUACCGGAUGAGAGCGCGAAGGAAACGGAAUACGUCACUCUACAGGACUUUUAUAACUAUCUCAAUGAUGGCGACGAUAGUCCGCUCGUUGCCAAGAAGGACUACAUGCUGCUGUUAGACACGCGGCCACGGGAUGAAUUCGAGAGUUGCCAUAUCGCCACCGCCAGGCAUUAUUCUUUCUUGGAGGACCCAAGGGUCGUUCAGAAACUGGACUCGAUCAAGAAAUACACAUUUGUGAUAAUCUACGACGACAACGGGAGGACCUUUGACCUCACCACGAGUACGUUAUCAAAGACUUAUGAGCAGUUGUGCGAGUGUGGGGCGGAGCCUUUGAUCAUCGAAGGCGGCUUCACCGCCUUUUAUAACUCGUUCCCGUUCCUCUGUACGGAUAGACCGCUCCAUUCGCACGCCCAGCGAAUGAAGUUCGUCUCCUAUCCCACCAUGGUGGUGCAGAACUUUCUCUAUCUUGGCUCAGCGAAGCAAGCGAAUGACGAGGACGUGGUCUCGAACUUACUGAUAACUCAUGAUGUCAACGCUUCUUUAGAACACAUGAAUGCAUUUACGGAUAAAGUUAGCUAUCUUCGGAUUGACGAAGAUGAGGACAGGGGAUAUAAACUACUUCCGAGGUUCCCCGAGGCGAUUAAGUUUGUCCGGGCGGCCAAGGAGUCUAAAGGCACGGUGCUGAUUCACUGCCAUCAUGGGGUCAACAGGAGUACAAUGAUAGCGGCUGCAAUCCUCAUGUACGAGUUUCACUGGACCCUAUCGGAUACCUAUGGUUACUUGAUAAGGAAAAGGCAGACUGUGAAAUUGGACAGACGAGCGCUCAAGCAGCUGUCCCGGUUUGAGAAUCGCCUCUUUGGUGCUCGUCUCACAGAUAUUGAAGAACUUUUGGAGGAUGGAGAGUAGGGUGCAUAGACCACUACAAGCCUAAACGAUGCCAUCUUGUUCAAUAAUGACGGCCUUAUUAGCCACUAACGACAUUCCUUGCGACUUCCAUAAAGGAAUAAACAAUGAUUUACAACGCAGAAGCAUUCUAAAAACGUGAAAAUUGCGUAUUUUAUAGUGAGACCUUUGUGUUUGUUCCUUGAUGGCAUUCGCGAUAUUUUGCUUGUUGGUUGUAUAUAAAGGAUGCAAGAUCUGAGACAAUGGUACACAUGUAUUGGAUUGUUAAACAUGAUUAAAAUUAUCUUCUGAAAUCCGUCACGUAUUACAAGACAAGAACCUCUAGAAAAUCCACCCAAGAAAUCCGAUUCCUCCCAGGGUAGGCCUAUGUAUUGGCCUAUUUCUAUCUAAGGUUGAUGGUCACCUUACAAUAACAGCGUAAAAGCUUGGCGUAAAACUUGAUUUCGAAGAUUUAUUACUCAAUGCAUGUUUGAUUCAACAAAAUGCCAAGUUUAAAAUCCCUCAAAUGCAUUAUUGGACUAAGCCAUAGCCUAGCCAUGCUAGCUUGUAUUAAGAUUCUUUUAAUAGCUGAUUAACUCUCUGAAGUUGGCCGUUUCUUACAUGCAUGUUGUGCCUGAGAGGUCAAGUUUAUUUACCGGUUGCCAUUGACAAUGGUAUAACGAACACAACAAUGGCAAAGGUACUUUGCAUUGUGCUGGCCUACUGUGAUGUCGGGCCUAUAAAAACCCAAACUUUUCUGUUGAACUUGUGUAGCAGGUGCACUCAUAAAAUUUUUUAUGUUCUCAUAAAAAGAUAGGCACUGUAUACACUCACUUUGAACAUAAGAUAAUACAUUGUACUGUGGUCACGUGAGCAAGUAUUCAAUGAAGCGUGUCAUAUCAUCUUACAAUGCUCCCCUUUUUGCGGGCAAACAAGCGAUUUUUACUCGCUACGACCUGCUAGAGGUUGGUAACACAUGGCUACCACAGACAGAAACUGCCCCGCCUCUCUCGAGAUAGCCGGGUAUCAGAUGUCGCAAGAGAUUCGUGUCAAACGGCAGGUCACUUGCAGUCCGGGAGCCACAACCUUCCGAAUACCGAAUUUAGGAAGUAAGGAUGGAGAUUAUGCAUCGGUCUUUCUUUUGUAAUUUUAGACCACCCAGUGAAAGGUUCAGAGCCAAGAUUACAGUGUAAAUGAGUCGUUAGGUUCAAGCUGUUUUAUUCUUUAUGAAUUAUUAGUUUUAAAUUGGCACAUUAAUUGUGAAUAAAUUUGU